CAGCCCUCUGGCCCCCAUGAACUCGGGGCAGGCCUCGGGAGAGGCCGAGCAGAAGCUGGAGGUGGUCAUCCAGAAGCUGGAGAGCCAACUCGUGGACUGCGGGAAGAAGCAGGAGGAAAAGGAGGAGGAGGAGAAGGAGGAAAAAGAGGAGGAGGAGGGACAAUCAGCCCUGGGCCCAGCACAAGACUCCCCGCCCUCCUGCCUGGCCGCCCGCAUCCGAGAGAUCGUCACCCGCAAUCUGUCGGAAAGGGAGGGCUCAGGCGCCACCUCCCCCGGGCUGGAGAUGGCAUCCCUGCUAUCACUCCAGGAGGAAAAUCGAAUCCUGCAGCAGGAACUGUCCCGGGUCGAAGACCUGUUGGCCCAGAGCCGGGCCGACCGGGAUGAGCUGGCCAUCAAAUACAACGCCAUCAGUGAGCGGCUGGAGCCGGCCCUGCAGCUGGAGUCCGGCGGGCCUGGGCGGGACUCUGGGGAGCCCAGGGGCCUGGUCCAACAGAACAUUGAGCUGCGGCGACAGCUAGAGGAGGAGCAGGCCGCCUAUAAGCGCAAGCUGCAGGCCUACCAGGAGGGACAGCAGCGCCAGGCCCAGCUUGUGCAGAAGCUGCAGGCUAAGGUUCUCCAGUACAAGAAGAAGUGUGAAGAGGUGGAGGAGCAACUCCUGGAGAAAUCCACACUGCUGGAGCAGCAGCGACUGGUGAACCACCUGGAUCUGACUGACUCGAGGCUGCGGCUGGACGAAGAGCAGAGCCGGGAGCUGGAGAACGCGCUGAUUCGCCUGGAGGAGGAACAGCAGAGGAGUGCCAGCCUGGUCCAGGUGAAUGCCAUGCUGCGGGACCAGCUGGAACAGGCCAGCACCGCCAACCAGGCCCUGAGCGAUGACAUCCGCAAACUGACCAGCGACUGGACCCGCAGCCGAGAUGAGCUGGAGCAGCGGGAGGCGGAGUGGAGGCGCGAGGCGGAGUCCUUCAACACCUACUUCAGCAGCGAGCACAGCCGCCUGCUGCUACUCUGGAGACAGGUGGUGGGCUUCCGGAGGCACGUCGGCCACCUGAAGGCCUCCACGGAGAGGGACCUGUGUCAGCUGCGAGGGGAGCUGGCGCGGACGGCCCGGGCCAUCCAGGCGGCCGGAGUCGGGCUGAGCGGGAGCCUGCGCCUGGCGGAGAGCGGCAGAGAGGCGGCCCUGGAGCGGCAGGCUUUGCUGCGUGCCCAGCUGGAGGAGCAGCUGCGGGACAAGGGCCGCGAGCUGAUCCAACUCCAAAUGAAGGGCGACCUGGAGAAGGCGGACCUCAGUGCCAGAGUGACCGAAUUGGCACUAUCUCUGGAGCGGCUGCAGAGCCAGGCUGCCGAGAAGGAGCGGGCCAACGAGGCCCUGACCCAGAAGCUGGAGACCCUGGAGGCCACGCGGCUGCAGGAGCAGACAGUCCUGGAAGCGGAGGAGCUGGAGACCCUGAGGACUGAAUCGGAGGUGCUGCAGCAAACCCUGAGGGACCUGGCUCAGGCCGUCCUGUCAGAUGCAGACAGCGGGGUUCAGCUGAGCGGGACGGAGCGCACACCAGAGGCCUCGGAUGCCAGCCUGCGGGGCCUGUCCUCCAGCCUGCGCACCCCGUCCCCGCUGCGCCCCUGCUCCCCCCGCCGCUGCGGCUCCCCGGCCUGCUCGGACUCCACGCUGACCCUGGUCCACUCCGCCCUGCACAAGCGGCAGCUCCAGGUUCAGGACAUGCGGGGGCGGUACGAGGCGAGCCAGGACCUGCUGGGCUCCCUGCGGAAGCAGCUGGGCCAGGGCGAGGGGGAGCGGCGGGCCCUGGAGAAGCGGCUGCUGCAGCUGCAGGAUGCGCUUGAUGGGGCGGCUCAGGCCAAGGAGGAUGCCCAGAGGGAGGCUCGGCGGCUCCGCGGCGUCACUGACCUCCUGAGCAGCGAGAAGAGCGAGCUGGCCGGGAACGUCCAGGCCCUGCAGCAGCAGGUGGCCGCCCUGCGUCAGGAGCAGGAGAAGCUGCAGUUGGCCAGCGGGGACCUGCAGCGGCAGAGGGAUCAGCUGGCGGAGGAGAAGGACGACGCCAUCCAGGACAGGGAGCGGGCCCGCAGGGAGAUCGAGCGAAGCCGCAAGCAGCUGGAGCAGGUGGAGGGGAAGAAAUCAGGUCUGGCCAAGGAGCUGGUGCUGGCUAAAGAGGCGCUGAGCAAGGCCACGCUGGAGAAGGACGUGCUGGACGCCGAGAAGGCAGAAGUGACGGAGACGCUGAGCAAGGUUGAGGCCAGCAGAGUGGAGCUGGAGUUGGCCACGGGGAAGCUGAAGGUGGAGGAGGCCUCUCUGCGGGACUCGCUGUCUAAACUGAGCGCCCUCAACGAGAGCUUGGCCCAGGACAAACUGGAGCUGAACCGGGCCAUUGUGCAGCUAGAAGAGGAGCGAGGGGCCCUGGUGGGGCAGAGGCGGGAAGCGGAGCAGGAGAAGGGCUCCAUGCGGGACCAGCUGGUGCGACUGGAGCAGGAGAAGCAGGAGCUGAAGGCCGGGCGGCAGGGGCUGGAGCGGGCCCUGCGCGAGGCCCAGGACACUCGGGACCGACUGGAGCGUCAGCUGUCCAUCUUGCACAGGGAGCGGGCCCAGCUGCAGGAGCAGCUGGCACAGCUAUCGCGGCAGCGGAGCGGGCAGGAGGAGGAGCUGCUGCAGGCGCGGCGGGACGGGGAGCGGCAGGCCGAGACUCUGGCCCGGACGGCGCGGGAGCAGGAGUCGCUGACCAAGGAGAAGGCCAGCCUGGUGGUACAGCUGGCUGCCUCGGAGCGGGAGAACCGGACCCUGGCUGAGGAGACCACCGGCCUCCGGUCAGAAAAGGAAGCCCUGGAGACCAGCCUGUUUGACCUGCAGCACCAGCUGGGGCACCUGGAAGGCCGGAAAGAACAGCUGGAGUCCGAGAACCAGGCCCUGCUCCUGGCCAAGGAGACGCUGCAUGUGGAGCUGACGGCCCUGCGGAAACAGACGGAGGCUGAGGGGCAGAGGGCGGCGAGAGACAAGGAGGACCUGGUGCAGAAGCUGGCCCGGGUGGAGCAGGAGGCCCAGGCCACGCUGCGGGGAGAGCAGGCCGCGCACGAGGAGGCCGUGGAGCGACUCCACAGGGAGAAGGAGGCAGCCCGGCGGGAGCUGGAGGCCGAGCGGACAGAACUGGUGCACCGGCUCACCAAAGAGCGGGAGGAGCUGCUCGCACGCUUCGAGGCGGAAAAGGAGGAGCUGAGCGAGGAGAUCACCGCUCUGCAGCAAGAGCGAGAUGAGAGCCUUCUCCUGGCUGAGAAUGAGAAGCAGCAGGCGCUGUCCCUCAAGGAGUCGGAGAAGACGGCUCUGUCCGAGAAGCUGAGUGGCACCCAGCAGACCCUGGCCGCCGUCUCCAUGGAGAUGGAGCGGCAGAAGCGCGACGCCUUGAGUCGGCAGGAGCAGGACCGGAGCACGGUCACCUCGCUGACGGCGGAGCUGAGGAGCCUGCGGGCCCAGUUCGAGGAAGCCAUCACGGCCCACGAGCGGGAGGUGAAGGCGCUGCAUGAGCAGGCUUGGGAUCUGGGCAAGCAGCGGGAGUCCUGCCUCCGGGAGGUGGAGGAGCUGCGGACCCAGCUGCAGCUGGUGGAGGAUGCGCGAGACGGGGUGCGGCGGGAGCUCCUGGAGGCCCAGCGGAAAGUGCGGGAGGGCCAGGAAGGGCGCGAAGCCCAGCGCCAGGAGGCCCUGGAGCUGCGUCGCAGUCUGGGGGACAGUGCCAAGGAGCGCGAGGCCCUGCGCUGCUCCAAUGAGGAACUGCGGGCUGCCGUCAAGAGGGCUGAGGGCGAGAGGAUCUGCCUGAAACGUGCCAACGAGGACAAGGAGCAGAAGCUGGCCCUCCUGGAGGAGGCCCGGGCGGCAGCGGGCAGGGAAGCCGGGGAGCUUCGGACCGGGCUGCAGGAAGUGGAGAGGUCACGGCUGGAGGCUCGCCGGGAGCUACAGGAACUGCGGCGGCAGAUGAAGGUGCUGGACAGCGAGAACACCAAGAAAAGCCAGGAGGUCGGGGAGCUGCAGGCCCGCCUAGCGCUGGGGGAGCAGGCGGAGAAAGAGAGCCAACGAGAGGCCUUCGGCCUGAAGCAGAAACUCCGGCAGAGCGAGGCCAACUGGGAGACGGCUCAGAAAGAGAUUCAGGCCUUGCAGAAGAAGCUGUCGGAACUGGAGGGGGAGUUCCGGGCGCGGGAGCGGGGCCUGCUGGGCUCCCUGGAGGAGUCGCGGGGGACCGAAAAGAAGCUGCUGGACAAUGCCCGCCACCUGGACCUGAAGCUGGAAGGGGCCCAGGCCCAAGCCGCCGAACUGGGGCUGCGACUGAGCGCGGCCGAAGGCCGGGCCCAGGGCCUGGAGGCGGAGCUGGCCCGGGUCGAGGGACAGAGGCGGGAAGGGGAGUUCCAGCUGAGCAGCCUGCGCUCCGCCCUGCGACGCACUCUGGGCAUCGGUCGGACCGGGCGGCCUCCCAGCCCCGCUCCCUGGCGCCGCGCCCGCUCUCCCCUCAGGGUCAUCUCCCCCGCCAGAGCCCAGACCCUUGGGGCUCCUACCUCCUUCCUCUUGGCCACCACAGGAGCCGAGCCAGCCGGCGAGGGCCGCAGCGGCGGCAGCGCUGGCCCCGCGUCACCCGAGCGCAGCCCCGGUUCUCGUCCGCGGUCCCCGGAGCCCGUGCUCUCCCCGCCCCCUGGGGACCUUGAUCUGGAGGCUGUGCGGGCAGCUCUCCGAGAAUUCCUGCAGGAGCUGCGGGAUGCCCAGCGAGAACGGGACCAAGCGCGGGCCCAGGCGACAGCCCUGAGCCGCCGGAUGGCAGAGGUGGAGGCAGAGCGGGCCGGCACCGGCGCCCGGGUUCAGCAGCUGCAGGAGCUGAUGGCCGAGAGUGAGGAAGGGCGGCGCAGCGUGGACGGGCGGCUGAGCGAGGCCCAGACGGCGCUGGUGCUGCAGGAAGAGACCGUGCGGCGCGGCGAGAGGGAGCGCAGGGCUGCCCUGGACCAGGUAGCGGCCCUGGAGCGGAGCCUGCAGGCGGCGGAAAGCGAAAGCCGGGCCCAACAGGAGAAGAUCGGCAAGAUGAAAGCCAACGAGGCCAAACUGGAGAGCGAUAAGCGCCGUCUGAAGGAGGUCCUGGACGCGUCGGAGAGUCGUGGCACCAAGUUGGAGCUGCUGCGGCGGGCGUUGGAGGGGGAGCUGCAGCGCAGCCGUCGGGGGCUGGGCGACCGUGAGGCCGAGGUCCACGCGCUGAGCGAGAGGGUGGUCACGCUGCAGAGACAGGUGGCGGACAGCGAGCUGAAGGCGGAUGCCCUGCAGCUGACGGUGGAGCGGCUGAGUGGGGCCCUGGCCAAGGCGGAGCAGAAUGAGGAGGCCUUGCGGGAGAAGGUGCAGGGUCUCACCGGGUCUCUGGCCGAGAGCAGUGGCAGCAUCGGUUCCGCCCAGGACAAAAACCUGCAGCUGCAGAAGGCGCUGACAGCCAGCGAGCACGACCGCAGGGUCCUGCAGGAGCGCCUGGAUGCCGCCCGCCAGGCUGUGUCCGAGGCCAAGAAGCAGAGCCACUCGCUGGCGGAGCAGACCCAGACCCUGCGCGGUGAGCAGGCCGAGCUGGAGCGGCAGCGGAGGGAGCUGGAAGGCCAAGUGCAGCAGCUGCAGGAGCUGCUGCGGCAGCGGCAGGAAGGCGAGCGGGCCGCCCUGCGGGCCGUGCAGAGGCUGCAGGAGGAGCGGGGCCUGCUGCAGGAGCGGCUGGCCAGCCUGCAGCGUGCCCUGGCCCACCUGGACAGCGAGAAGCGAGAAGUAGAGCGCUCAGCCCUGCGCCUGGAGAAAGAUCGGCUCGCCCUGAAGAAGACCCUGGACAAGGUGGCACGCGAGAAGCUACAGAGCCACGAGGACUGGGUGAGGCUGAGCGCCGAGAAAGGCCGGCUGGACCGCUCCCUUGCCGGCACCGAGCAAGAGCUGACUGAGGCCCAGGGGCAGAUCCAACAGCUGGAGGCCCAGGUGGCCGAGCUGGAGCAGACGCCCUCGCAGGGCCUGCUGGAGGCGGCCUCGCGGCAUCGGCAGGAGCUGCAGGGGGAGGUGGAGCGGCUCCGGGGGGCCCAGGCCCAGGCCGAGCGCACGCUGGAGGCCCGGGAGCAGGCCCACCGCCAGCGGGUCAGGGGGCUGGAGAAGCAGAUCGCCACUCUGAAGGAGCAGUUGCAGCAGGAGAUCCGGAAGUGCCCAGCCCAUAUCUCUCCCUCCACCAAUCCGUCAGGAAACUGAGUGGCCCACGCCUCAGAGACCCAGUGGGUUGGUGCCCUCAGCUGGCCGAUGGGCCUCUUGAGGGCAGGGCCGGGAUGGGCGGCCUGCUCCCUAUCCUCCCCCUCGUCCUCACUUCUGGAUACUCACUCUUUCCAGGAAAUUGUGGGCAGGGCCCCCGGCUCUGCCCAGCUUGAGGGGCUGUGGAGCAGCCUUAGGGCCGAGCCCCGGGUAGGGGUUCACUGAGGCUUUCGCCCCUUUGCCUCCAGCCCUUGGCAGUGGUUUGGUGCCAGCCCUCCCCAGAACGGGGAAUCGUUGACCGUGCAGCGAUCGCAUCCCACAGAGCUCCAACUCCUCUGGGGGAGCCUCUUGCCAAAUCCCCGCUGCCGAAAUUCCUCUUGGGGACAUCUCAUCUGGGGGCCAAAGUGGGGCUAGAGAGGGGAUCCUAGUGUUUCGUAGGAGCAGCUGACCUUUUGCCUGGGAAGCCCAGGGCCCCUCUCAUCCUGGAACAGAGAAAAGGCUGGCUCUGGGGGAGUUCCUUUAGAGCCAGGAAAGGGGAAAGGCUAGUGUGGCCUAAUGGACAGAGCAUAGGGCUAGGAGUCAGAGGACCUGGGUUCUAAUCUCGGC